AUGUCCAAAACACUCUCAACCUCCGUGACUUCACUCGCCAUCACCAAUCCUCUAGUCCUCUAUCGAUCUCUUCUUCAAACUAGACAGAUUGCUCCAGACCCAGCCCAAUACCGGUUGGCUCUUCAUCUCCAGAAGUUAUAUUCCAGUCUUCUCGACUACUCUCCUGACAAGCAAUAUGGCGCUCGGCUAAAGGCAAUAUCUAGAGCUGUGGAAACUAGAACAGAAGAUGAUGAAGGACCUGUUGUGGCUGUUCGCGGCCAUCCCCUCAGACGAAAUCCACUUUUUGCACAUCUUUUUGCAGAGAAACAGAAACGAGACACUCUCGCGUUGACCAGAGUUCUCACGAAUCAUGAAGAGGCCAUGAAUCUUGACUCACCUAAGGGAUUGAUGCUGCAUGGCGAGGUGGGAACUGGGAAAAGUAUGAUGGUCGAUUUAUUGGCUGAUUGUCUUCCAAAUCGUAAGAAAAGACGUUGGCACUUUAACACCUUCAUGCUAGAGAUUCUAGCUCGAUUAGAACAGCGUAGAACUCAAGCUGGCAGUGAUGCCGAGCAUUCGUUGAUCUGGUUAGCGAAGGAUUUGGUCGAGAAUUCGCCAAUCCUUUUCCUGGACGAGUUCCAGUUACCAGACAGAACUGCUGCGAAAAUCCUGAGCAAUCUUUUGACAGCUUUUUUCCAGCUUGGGGGUGUGUUGAUAGCUUCUUCAAAUCGCAUGCCUGAUGAGUUGUCCAAAGCUAGUGGUAUGGAUUAUACAGCACCCUCAAGAGGAGGUUUCGUAAGAAAGUGGUUAGGUUACGGAAACGAACGAACACCAAGCAUGUUUCCUUCAAAUAAUGAAUACGCGGCUUUUGUAGAAGUUCUCAAAGCCCGGUGUGAGAUCUGGGACAUCCGUGGUGAACGAGACUGGAGACGAAGGGACGAAGAAGAUGGAAUCGAAACGGCGAUCGAUAAGACUUUGCGUGAAGACAUGAUAGAGAACGUGAUAUCCAUGGAGAGUGGCUCUCACGUAUCUGAAUAUUCCCCAGCGGCAUCCGUACUGAAUGGAGAGAAGCAGACUGCAAAGCUGCCCAAACAUUAUGCUACGUCGUCAGACGAAAAAAGCUGGGAAAAUACCAUCAAAGCUGUGCUGCCAUCGAACACCAAGGCUCCAGUACCCUGGCGUUCCGAAACCAUCUUGGUGUAUGGCCGUCAAGUGCCUGUUCCUCGACAUUUCGAAGGUGUUACGUCGUGGACCUUUGAGGAAUUAUGCGAGUCAACUUUGGGACCUGCAGACUACAUAACUUUAGCAUCAACGUUCCAUACCUUGAUCUUAGACAAAGUUCCUAUUCUACAUGUUUCUCAGAAAAACGAGGCGAGAAGGCUGAUCACGCUGUUAGACGCUCUCUAUGAGUCGCGCUGCAAACUCAUCAUUCGGGCUGAAACCGAUCCAGACAACCUUUUCUUUCCAGAGAUAGCAGCUUCAGCAAAUGCCGCAGCUGGUGGGACUCGUCAGAGUGAAAGUGACGGAGGCGAUGCUGUCUAUCCAGAAACUCUAUCUGAGAUCUACCAGGAUCAGACUUCUCCUUUUAGGCCUAAUAUUUCUACCUACAAAGACGACUCGCGAUCAGGUUAUGACCCAGAUGAGGACUCAGAUUUUGGUCCCAUUCCCGGCAAAGGAAAUGAGAUAGGACGACAAGUCGAUUUCGGAAUGACGGGCUCUUUCACCGGCGAAGAUGAAAAGUUCGCUUACAAAAGAGCAAGUAGUAGACUGUGGGAGAUGUGUGGAGCUAGGUGGCACGCUAGAUCUGAGCCAGAUUGGUGGAGACCUUUGCCUCUCGAGGUUAGGCGUUGGGAACGUCGAACUGCGCCAGUAUUAGAAGAACUCAAGGUGCUUCCAGAUGGAAGCGACGUUAAGCUUGGCCCUUCAGUCGAGCUCGACAAACCAGCAGGUUUGCAAGGAAAGGAAUUAGAAGAACUAGAAAAAAGGACUCAAAGUCCGUUCCGUGAAGUGAGGGAUCCUCCACCUCAAAUUGGUGGCUGGCAUGCUUGGGGCAUAACCAAAUGGGGAAAGAAAGCUGGUGCUUGGGGUCAAGGGCCCGCGGGUCUCGAAGAGAGAAAGAAAUAA